ACUUUUCCAUUUUGUUGCGGAUUUUCCGUAAAUUCACGACUGGUUUUCCAAUGACCGACUUACAUUGAGAUGCAUAUAAAACGCACUGAAAUGAAAGUAGCAUCAUUUCAUUUCAGGAUUGCGCGAUGGGUGCCUCUGACAGUUCAUUCAGAGAUAUCGAAAAUGAGUCAAAGCUUAUCAACGAACUCGUUUUAUCAGCGAAAAAUGGAAACUUUCAAAGGGUUUGGGAAAUCAUUGGUGAACCAAAUUACCCGAAGAAAGCUCAUCUGUUGAACUGUAUUCCUGACAGUCGUCGUUGGGGAGUGUUACAUCAAGCAGUCUUCUGGAACGAUGUAAAUAUUUUGAAAAAACUACUCCGAUUUAAAGCUUGUGAUUCUGAUAUGCGCGCGAAAAGAUGCAAAUCUGAAUGUGGCGACACGAGUGGAAUGUGCGCUCUCGAAAUAGCAAGAGCAUACAAAUACCCAGACAUGGAUAGAAUACUUUCAGCACAUAGAAACAAUAUAUUGGGACAAAAACUGCCCACAUUUCAGAAGCAACCCUACUUAGGGCUGCUCAGCAACACGAUUGCCGCAUACAAGUCUACUUUUCAUCCAGGGUACAUAAGCCCGUACAAAACGGGUCAAGAAAUUUUAAAUGAUAUUUGGAAGGACAUAUCUAGCAACAACACGAGAUUUGAAGAGGUCAAAAAGCAAGUUUGUGAUGCUAUGCAUAUCGUGUCAACCGCAAAUGCUAAUAUGAUUAAGGGUACAACCACGAAAGAAGAUUUCUACAAGAUGAUUGUGAAGGCGUACACAAUUGAGACGAAUUACCUCUAUAACUACAUCAGCAUGGCAAUGCGAAGACAAACGAGCACUAAUUAUAUGCCAACUGGAGAUGAUUUAGCUCUCGGACCAUAUGCUGUCAUGUACCAAAUGCUUUUGCUGUUCUGGGACAAAAUUUCCCCCGAAAGCGGAACAACCUACCGUCAGAUGAAAAUGAUAAAAGAGGACGUAGAUAUGUAUAAAGAAGGGACAGAAUUCUAUUGGCAGUCUGUUGUUUCCUCUACAAAAGACGAAGUGAAUGCUCAGAGCUUUCCGACAGUCGAAGCUGUGCCUGGCGACAACAUUGUUUUGUUUAUUAUAGACAACAGCGCAAAAUGUGAUUGGCAACCGAAAAAUAUUGAGAAGUAUGCCUCGCAUAACGAGAAUGAAAGAACAUACCCGGCAGGAGCAAAGUUUCGAGUCACAAGCUCAGCUAAAUUUUGCCAGGAAAACUUCCAAGUCAAACUUACUCUACUUGCACAAUAGAAAAAUGUGCCAUUACUGACCUGUUUAAGAUAGUGACUAUCGAUGCUACUGAUUUUGUUUUCAAAUGAGAUUAUUCACGUUAUUUUAAAUUGUAUUUUUGACACAAGAUUAUUGCAGCAUGGUGUUUUACCGCAUUAUUAUUUACCUCUUGCUUUUUUAUUUUACAUAUUUAAGGGCGUAUUCUGAAUGUACAUGGCUUUUGAAGAUCAGUGUUUACAUCACCUGAGCACGAGGUGCUCAUGGUGAGCUAUUGUGACCGAUCAUUGUCCGGGCGUCCGUCGUCGUCCGUCGAGCAUCGUCCAUCGUGUGUCGUCAGUCAUCCGUCCAGAUUUGCAUUGUUAACACUCAGUAGGCCAAAGUUGUGACCCAAUCUUUAUGAAACUUGGUAAGGAUGUUUGUUUUGAUGAUCUCUAGGUCAAGUUUGAAACUGGGUUAUGUAGGCCAAAACUAGGUCAGUAGGCAAGAUCAAAGGGAAAUCUUGUUAACACCCUAGAGUCCACAGUUCAAGUUUGAAGCUCGUGAGAAUUGGUCAGAAUGUUUGUCUUGAUGACUUUUAGGUCAAGUUAGAAUAUAGGUUAUAUGGGGUAAGACUAGGUUACCAGGUCAAAUCAAAGGAAAAGGUUGUUAACACUCUAGAGGCCACAUAUGUGACCCUAUCGUCAUGAGACUUGGUCAAAAUGUGUGUCUUGAUGACCUUUAGUCAAGAUAUAUCUUGAUCAUGUGGGGUCAAAAACUAGGUUACCUGAUCAAAUCAACGGAAAAGUGUAUUAACACUCUAGAGGCCACAUUUAUGGAAAAUCUUAUUAACACUCUAGAGGCCAUAUUUUAAGUUUUAAACUCAUGAGAACUGGUCAGAAUAUUUUUGUAAGCUAUUGUGAUCGGGCAUUGUCUGGCAUCUUCGGUCGUUUGUCCUCCGUCGUCCGCCAACGUUUGCCUUGUUAACACUUCAGAGGCCGGUCAAAGUUGUGACCCAGUCUAUAUAAAACUUGAUCAGAAUGUUUGACUUGAUGAUUUCUAGGUCGUGUUCGAAACUGGUUCAUGUGGGCUCAGAAAGUAGUUCACUAGGCCACCUAGUCAAAGGAAAGGAAAAUAUUAGUCAUGUGAGCGAUCUAGGGUCGUAAUGACCCUGAUGUUACUGAUAUUUAUAGUUGUGUUGUUUGUAUAUAUUUUAAUGGCAUAAAUUAUGUGUAUGUAUUCUGCAUAAAAUGUGAUGAGCUCGCAUUGUGGAAUGGUUUCCUCAUACAUUCACGCAUAUAAUUUGAUAAACAUGCAUUCUGUUGAUAUUCAAGGAACUGUAUGCGAAUACACUAUUAUUUCUAAUUGCAAUGACCAAUUCAGUUCCUAAAGACUUAUCUAAGAGCGUAUGUAAAGUAAGCUACUUCAUUUUGUUUAAUUCUACUAUAUAUGAUACUUAGACAUUGCACAUUACUAAAGAAAUAAUUUAAAAUAUCUGUUAUCCAAUUGAUUAUUGCAAACUGAAAUAAAUGCAUCCUUCUGUGCAA